AUAAAGGAGAAUUCUAUCCAGGAAAGAGCUUCAAUUCAUAGAGGAAAUUAAAGGAAGAAAUCAUAAGCAACAGAUGAACAAGGCAUUUGUGUCCUGAAGAAGCCAUAGACACAACUGUGGAGCGAGAGCAGGGUGGACCCCCAGGAGAAACUGGACUUGGUGUGAUUUAUUUGUCCCAAAAGGCUUCGAGAGGAAGAGAGAGGAGACUUUCCUGAGAAUGAAAGAGUGUAGUGUGAAAAUGGAGAGCAGAGUUUCUGAGAUUCAGGUAGAAACUAAGGAGGAGAAGGCACCAGUAGCUGUUAGUCCUCAGGAAGAGAGGCAGGAGGGAAAAACAGGCGCGCUUUGCUUCAAGAGAAGGAAGAAAGCCAACAGGACGGAGCCUAAAGCUGGUUCCAAGACUGCCGAGGUCACAAAGAAGCGUCCCCCUGAAGCCGGGGACUCUGCUCAGCCCCAGCCAGCGGGGGCCUGGGCCUCCAUCAAACGCCUCGUGACACACAGGAAGAGGUCAGAGUCUUCGAAGAAGCAGAAGCCAUCGGAGGCUGACGUGCAGCCUGAGGACGUGGCUCUUCCUAAGAAAAAGGCAAAAUCCAGACUCAGGAUUCCUUGCAUAAGAUUCUCAAGGGGGGCAAAGAGACGUCAUCACUCUAAACUCACAGAAGACUCGGACUACAACAGCAGAGUCCAGGGAGGGGCUGACGAUCUGGAGACAAAAACCCAGACCCAGGCAGCUGACCAGGCGAUCCCGGCUAAGUCCACACAGGGCCGACACGAAGGUGUGUUGGCGGAAGAUGGUAAGGAGGUCCAAGAAUCACGUGUGAGCAACAGUGUCACAUCCAGAGGGAACGUGGUUUCCGUGGACCUGGAAUUAGAAAAUGAGUCUUCGGCUGUUCAGAGGGGCACUCCGGUGCUGGAAAAGGAACCGAAAGUGAACACGGAAAAGCAAAGCGUGCAAACGCAGCAAGCAAGUCCACUUGAGAGUUCGGAAGCAGGCAGCCCUCGUCCCGUGGCCUCUGACGCCCCUGCCUCACCAGCAACCGCGUAUCAACGCAGUGUGGAAGAACCCAGUGGUGGCAUCCAAGAAAGUGUUCCAAGGGGGAAGGAUGACGGAAGUAGACGGAGUGCUGCCCAAGAGAAGAAAUCAGGAGAAAUUACGCUGGGCCCAGCAGAAGAAACUACACUGGUCCAGGCAGAGGAGGCUGCUGUCAGCCAGACAGACAAGAGUGCAGUGGCCCAGGCCGAAGAAGGUAAACCGGGUCAGGCAGAGGAAAUGGUCAGACAGACAGACAAGAGUGCAGUGGCCCAGGCCGAAGAAGGUAAACUGAGACAGGCAGAGGAAACUGUCGGACAGACAGACAAGAGUGCAGUGGCCAAGGCCGAAGAAGGUAAACUGAGUCAGGCAGAGGAAAUUGUCAGACAGACAGACAAGAGUGCAAUGGCCCAGGCUGAAGAAGGUAAACUGAGUCAGGCAGAGGAAACUGCUGUCAGCCAGACAAACAGAAGUGCAGUGGCCCAGGCAGUGGAAGCUACUGUGGGCCAGGCAGUGGAAGCUGCAGUGGCCCAGGAAGAGGAAGCUGCAGUGACCCAGGAAAAGGAAGCUGCAGUGACCCAGGCAGACAAAACUGCAGUGACCCAGGAAGAGGAAGCCGCAGUGUCCAGGGCAGAUGAAGCCGCAGUGGCCCGGGAAGAGGAAGCCGCAGUGUCCAGGGCAGAUGAAGCCUCAGUGGCCCGGGAAGAGGAAGCCGCAGUGGCCCGGGAAGAGGAAGCCUCAGUGGCCCGGGAAGAGGAAGCCGCAGUGGCCCAGGAAGAGGAAAUCGCAGUGGCCCAGGCACCAGAUCUGAAAGAAAAUGGAAUUGAUACAGAGAAACCCAGAUCAGAAGAAAGCAAAAGAAUGGAGCCAAUUGCUAUUAUCAUUACAGACACUGAAAUCAGUGAAUUUGAUGCUAAGAAAUCUAAAAAUGUCCCUAAGCAAUUCCUAAUUUCAAUGGAAAAUGAGCAAGUAGGGGUUUUUGCUAAUGAUAGUGAUUUCGAAGGGAGAACUUCAGAACAAUAUGAAACACUCUUAAUAGAAACAGCCUCUUCUCUCGUCAAGAAUGCUAUCCAGUUGUCUGUAGAGCAGCUGGUUAAUGAAAUGGUUUCCGAGGAUAAUAAAAUAAAUACUCUGUUACAGUGACUUCAUUUCCAGAUCACGGGAAAGGAAAAAAAACCUUAAAGAUGAAUUAUUUUAUACAUCUGUGGCGCUUCUUUCUCAGUAAUCAAUUAGAGGCUUAUUGUCUGU